UAUUAAGGUUCAACCAGAGAACUUCACUCCAUGCUCACUCUUCUUGUUACAACGUCCUGCCAUUGUAUUCACAAUCACUUUGCCACAUUCCAUGACUUGCCGGCGGCUUUCCAGGGCGUCAGGGCCUUCUCUUGUACAGUGCCAGCGCUCUCGCUAUCGACCCUCAUCUUUCGCUGGCAUUCCUUCAUACCAAGUGUCAACAUUUAAUAACAUUAUAGGGAAGCGCAUCGAUCUUUCACCAUCGGAGACCUCACUACCCGAUGCUCCGCUGUCUGAAGUUUCAAGAUGACUUCUCAAGAUACACCGAAUGCCUCGAGCCCAUCGAGUUCGUCCAUUCGCCUACCACUGGAUCCACUGGCACGGCGGUCACGAAGGAGCUCGCUAGUGUCUAUAUCGUCGACCAAGGGACGCGUUGAUAAGGAAACAAUGAAUAUGGCCCUAGACCAGAUCCAUAGUUCUGCUUCAAGAUCUGAGACGCUCACUACCUUCGAUCAAUUUGCUUCUCCGCCCUCAUCUUCACAAGGUUAUGAUACCAAGUCAAUAGCAGGGGACAUCGUGCAUGGUGGCUUGAGUGGACUUUACGACCGGUUCAGAGCUUCUGUAGAAAAUGCUAAAGAAGCAUUUGGGACAGCAUCACCAGUAUUACUCCAAGAGAACGCAGAUACACAUUCUACACACAGCCUGUGGACUAAAACUCUCCCCAAACAUGUUCGGACAUCCUCCAGCAAAUCGCAUCCGUCUUCUACCGCUGCUUCUACAUCGUCUUCGAAACUGAGCUCUCCACUAGGCACUACCUUUACAGAGCCUGUACCGCCAAUUGCGAGCAACCCCGAUAAGUCAAAUGUAAUGGCCACUGUGGCUAGGACUGGUUCAGUAACGUCUCGAUCUCCUUUGGUCCUCCAAGGAAAGUCAAAGCCAUCUAUAGCCACAAGUACAGUCGAGUCACUUGAUAUUAUACCUGCACAAUCUGAGGCAAAAGAGACCAAAAGUCCCUCGUAUGCCCCAGUAGCACCGAAACCCUGUGUAGAUGCAGCUGCUAAAGAUACCGUGCGUAGUAAGCUAUCUCGAGAUGAACAGAGGUCUAUCAGGAUGCCCGUAGCAGAGAGCAGCAGAAGGACAUCCAAGCCAUCCGCAGACUUUCAAAACCACGAUGCUGACAGUAGCGAUAACGAGAUAGUUCUUGUAGAUGAAAAAGGUGAUAUUGAGAUGGCGAAGGCAGAUGAAGAUGCUCUGAUGAAAGAUCAGGGUACAGUUUCCGGUACGAGAUCAAAUCAUCAGGCUUCUUUUAAUGUAGCAAAUGCGUCUUCAGCUACUGGAACUAUAAGCAGGGCAACAGCAGCAUCGACACCGACUCCCUCUAGACCUCCUCUUCUUCAGAUCAGCCAAUCCCAUCUGCCGGGCUAUCGGCCGUCAAGAGCAUCUUCGUCCGAUGGUGGGUUGAGCUCUAGCACAGUCGUUGCAUCCAAACCACCGCCCCUCUAUAUCGCUGAGGAGCCGAAUUAUAUCAAUAACAAUUCCACCACUGAUAACUUACCUAACAAUGUGUUCUCACAGAUGAGACGUAAAGUAUUGUCGAAAGAAUUCUGGAUGAGAGACGAGAACGCUAAAGAUUGUUUCUACUGUGGAGAUCCAUUCAGCACGUUCCGUCGAAAACAUCAUUGUCGUACCUGUGGUCAAAUAUUCGACUCUAAAUGUACUUCUCUUGUGUCAGGCCGGCUCUUUGGACAAGGGGGCACACUAAGAGUUUGUAAACCAUGCGAGGCAAUCAUAUAUGGCAACGAAGACGAUUCAUCAGACUUUUCCGAAGAUGCUGAUGGAAGCUCAUUGUACGACGCUGAUGAUGUAGGUCAAGCCCACACUGUGCGCCACCCUGCAACCGUUCGCGAGGGGGAGCCCAUGAAAAUCGGCACCCCGACUAUUAGCAUUCCUAUGUCUCGUAAGGCCGGAGAGGGAAAACGGCGAUCUGCCGUCAUCGAGUUAGACAGAUCGCCGACACUUGCCAGACCGAGCUCAUCUCGAUCUUUGAGGUCACUCAGUGGAAGGCCACGGUCUUCUACCGGGCACAAAAGGCACACAUCGAAGAAUCAGCACAUGCGGAAUGUACGCUAUGAUGAUCGCGCCCCAUUUCAUAGACACGCGAUUAAUGACUUCGAUGACCGCCUACGACUGCCAGCGUUUCACCACGACAAUAUUAUUGAUCCAGAUUUAGCACCUUUCAUGUCGGACGAGGAGUCUAGUGAAGAUGAACAAGUCAGUAUCUUUGCAACACUCAGUGGCCAUGGGCAUAGUCGACAUGAUGGUGACAGAAACCAGCCCUCCAACAUACUUACUGGAAGUCGCAAGCUCAGAUCCAGAGGUGGUGACAAAGGCUUUGGAGGGUCGCAGAGCAUAUACUCACGAGAUCCUGACAAUGCAAGCAUCACGAGUCGGCACCUGAAUCGCCACUCAAGGCGACGAAAUAUUAGCGUCAGCAGCAACGUGAACCUUAAAACGUCACCUAAGCGUAUAAAGAGCAGUGGGCUAUUGCGCAAUCUAGCUAUUGGAUUUGGCUCUGGUCUCGGACAGUCUUCAUCUGGGCUUCAGGUCCCGACAAAUGUCGGUGGAUCCAAAAUGAUUCGGAGCUCAUCAAUGAGAGGCCGUGAUGCACCGAUUGUCGAAUUAAACGCUGCAAGUCUACAGCACGUCCGCCGUCUACUACGUCAGCUACUUCAAGAUGGAUCUAUACCUCAUUCUUCCGGGUGGGAACGGGCGCUUAUGCCUAUCCUCUUACAGUGCACGGACGAUGUGAAUCCAGACGUCCAACAGAAUGAUGAUAUCGAUAUUAGGCAUUACAUCAAGCUAAAGAAAAUCCCUGGUGGCAAACCAGGCGAUACGUCCUAUGUCUCAGGCGUUGUUUUCUCAAAGAAUCUAGCAUUGAAGAGUAUGGCGCGAAGUAUCCCUAACCCACGAAUUAUUAUCGUUACGUUCGCUAUCGAAUACGCUCGACAUCAGCAACACUUCAUGAGUCUUGAGCCUGUCAUCGCUCAGGAGCGAGAGUAUCUGCGAAACCUAGUCAAUCGCAUUGCUGCUCUCCAACCACACGUGUUACUGGUCCAGAGGAAUGUUGCUGGCUUGGCCUUGGAGUUUCUCGAAGAAGCCAGAAUCGCCGUUGCCUAUAAUGUUAAGCCUUCUGUCUUGAACGCAGUAUCGAGAUGCACUCGAGCUCGCAUGAUAUCUUCAGUCGACAAGCUUGCAGGGGACCCUGCCCACCUUGGUCAUUGCGCCAGCUUCGACAUCAAGACUUACCGACAUGGUGGUAUUAAGAAGACAUAUACUUACCUGUCCGGUUGUCAGCGUGAGCUAGGUUGCACCAUUGUGCUUCGAGGCGCUAGUGUGGCUACCCUACGAACGCUCAAGAAGAUCACAGAGUUCAUGUGCUACGUUGUCUACAAUCUCAAGCUCGAGACAUGCCUAAUGCGAGAUGAAUGUGUGCUCAUACCAUCUUCUGUAGACGGCGACACUCUGUCUUCGAGGCAAAAAUUUGCGAAAAAGGUAGCAAAUGUUGCAGAUAGUGGGUCAUUCCCUCCCCAUGAUGUGGUUGCUCGGGCAAGCCAUCAGAUCCAGAUGGAUCGGGAGAAAGAAAGUGCGCAAAAGACUACCUACGCCGAUAUUACGGACGGAGAUAUCAUUGAUAGCCGUCAAGCAGACCAUGUCGUAGACACUACCUCAAAGAACGAGAACUUGGUAUCAGAAAAGAGUAAUGAGUACCCAGACGAUAUUCCCAUGCCCUCAUUCUACGGUGAGAUGGUAGAAAAACAUAAAACCAAGAUACUAUCAGCCUCGCCCUUCGUAACCUUCAUGCAGCCAUAUCUUCUCACGCAAUCUCGAGAGCAGGAAAGGAGACUGGCGUACUUGAAGAAGUUGCGGGACCAAUACACCCCUUCAGACGAAAAAGAAACCGCCGAGCAGACGACAUCUUUCGAACUUGUUCAACCCGAAAUGGUCCACGACGUUCCAGAAAAGGCCUCCAGACAAGUUCGCGACUUCUUACACGCCGUCCAUAACGCCGAAUAUGAGAAGGCAAUGCAUAACUACAACACACAGCGGCGACAAUGGGAAGCAUAUCUUUCUGGUAAUAUGGAACUCUUUGAUCCGUUCAAUCACCAAAGAAUCGCUGUACUUUAUAGUGCGGUGAAUUCUGUGACCUCCACACCAUGCUUUGGGCCCGAGAUCAUUGCCUUGGGGUUCUACAACGAGCAUGACCUAGAGGAUGGCUUCAUGCCUGACUGCUCCUUAGGUCAAUAUAUCGAGGAUUUAUGUCAUGGUGGGAACAACAUCUGCGAAUCAGCAGGGUGCGAUCGGAAGAUGUUCGAUCAUCAUCGGCAGUACGUUCACGGCGAAGGUCAAUUGAGCGUCUUCGUACAAAAACAUGCCACCAAGAUUCGUGGACUACAAAACACAGUUCUCAUGUGGAGUGUCUGCCGGAUUUGUCAACAAGAAACUCAACCAUUUCCGAUGUCCGACAAUACGUGGAAGUAUUCAUUUGCGAAAUAUCUGGAGCUCACGUUUUGGAGCAGCCAGCUGCAACCACGAGCGGACAGCGCCGACGCUUGCACACAUGAUAUCCACAAAGAUCAUGUGCGGUACUUCGGACUCAACAAUGUGGCCCUGAGGUUUCAAUAUGACAAGGUACAACUGUACGAAGUCAUUGUACCAAGACCCAUAGUGACAUGGAAGGUUGACAGUGAUCUGCGCCUAAAGAAUGAGCAGUUUGCAAGGAUCGAAGAGCGUCUGGACAAGUUUUACGCUUCGAUCAAGACCCGACUGAAAGGCAUACAUAUUGAUAGUAUUGUGCCCGAGAAGUAUGAAGCCUGCAAAGCCGAGCUCGAGAAACUCACAAAGAGAGCGAAUGAUGAACAAGACUGGUUAAAAAAGAAGCUUCAAGAUAAGUACAUGAGUUCACGAUACUAUGAGAUCGUUCCACUCAAUCGAGCCGUCAGAGCCAUCGUGGAAAAGGUCUUUGCAUGGGACGAUGCGUUCGUGGAGUUUGAGCGCCAAUUUUUUCCUUCGGAGAAAGAUAUUAGAAGACUGGCAGCAUUGCAGCUUAAGAAGAUGUUUUUGGAACGUGAUGAGUCCGUUGGAUCACUUACUUCAGUCGAAGAGGAUCCCGAAGACACUUCUACGGAAGGCAGUAUCACCACUAAUGAAAAAGCUGAUCUAAUGUCUUUGACGCCUAUGCCAUCCCAGAUGUCACCCGAGAAGGCCCGAGACAUGCUCACUUUGGUGGUUGAGGAGGACCACAAUAAGGAGUCGGAAAAACCAAUAACCCCUCAUGAUAAUGCUAUCAGCAAGAACCAUACGUCUAACUCAAAUACUGAACCAGCAGUCACGGCCGCACAGAGUGACGUUCGUCAUCUAAACUUAGCCCUACCAUCGAAGGAACCAGAGUCGAUAGAUGAUAUUACCCCACGACCAAGCCCAGCAAUAUUUACUGGAGACCCACCAAUUUUAGAAAUGGGUCACGGAGAGGGAAAUAAUGAGCAACAAAGUUCGUCCGAAGAGACAAUUCCCAUGUAUGAAUCAAGGAUACCACGACCUGUCGAAGUUACGAAAAAGACAAGACCAGCAGUCUUGAGUCGUGCCAGUUCGCAGCCAGGGGUACUUUCCUCCUUGAAUAGUUUGGCCGCCGGCGGAAGUUCGAGUACCACCAGCGGUAGCCUACAUAGAAUCGACCCCACCAAGCCCAGUCUUACAGAAUCAGCUAAAGCAUUAGAGAAACGAGUUUCCGAUCGACUGGGUCUAACCUUCAAGGGGUCGAAGUCUUCGUCAAUGAUUCCGCGCUCAAUCCCCAGUAAAAGAGAUUCUCGAGUGUCGACUCUGGCAAAACACUUCGAGCAGCUGAGCCGUGAGUUUGAAAAAGAACGUCUGCGCGAACGACGACAACGGGCCGAAAAGUUUCGACAAGCACGAACGUAUCAAUUAGCAUCUUCGAAACCAGUCGUAGAGGUUUAUCGUAACGUGCAUGAAGCUGUUCAGGUGCAAGACCCAUCAGAGGAGGACCUACGGUCUUCAUCAUCCCAUCAACGCGAAAGUACUGAUGCUAGUACUCUGGGUGAAAGCGGAAUGACAGAAGCAACUGAAACUACUACCGGUACACAGUCACCAGAUAAUGAUCAACGACCAGUCAGUGCUGAAGAUUCCCCGGCUGGGUCAAGGAAUGACGGCAUCGAUGGGGUUAGUCAGACCGAUGAUGUCGAGGGCGAGGGGAGUGAUGCGGAAGUGGGUAAUCUUGAUGAUAUGGGCAACCCAUCCUCACUCGACGAGUCACAAAUCUUGUCUCCAACAGAAGCUAACCUGGAAUUACUUCCAAAACACGAAAAAACCUCUCUCAUGAAAAUGCUCACAAGCUUUUGGUCAGAGCGAUCAGCCAGUGGUUGGGCACCUCUUGAGUACCCAUUUUCAACAACUGAGCAUGUUUGGGAGGAUUCCGAUAUCAUUGUGCGCGAAGAUGAGCCCAGCUCGAUAAUUGCUUUGGCUCUUUCGAGUCCGGAUUACAUGGCAAAACUCCAAAGCUUUCGUGCGUCUAAUACUGCGGCAACAGAUGCGGAUGCAGCCACUGGACUCCCGAUUGAUGACGAUGUCUCUAUCGAGCGUAAUCUUCUACAUCAGGCGAAUACAAACAUUCGCUACAGCUUCACGAACAGGGGUGUAAGAGCUCAGUGCAAAAUCUUCUACGCUCAAUCCUUUGAUGCACUGCGGCGGAAAUGUGGUGUUGCAGACAGGUUCGUAGAAUCCCUUUCAAGAUGUUUGAAGUGGGACUCCAAGGGUGGUAAGAGCAAGUCCCUUUUUCUGAGGACUCUUGAUGAUCGUUUUAUUCUCAAAUCACUUUCGGCCAUCGAAGUUAAUGCUUUCUUCCGCUUCGCUCCCAAUUACUUCGCCUUCACGCAUCAAAAUUUGUUCAAAGGCCUUCCCACCGUUAUCGCGAAGAUGUUCGGCCUUUUUCAGGUUCAGAUCAAGACGUCUACAGGUCGCGAUUUUGAUAUGUUCAUGCUAGUCAUGGAGAACCUCUUCUAUGACCGUGAACCCAACCGUCGCUUCGAUCUCAAAGGCUCGAUGCGGAACCGCAAAAUCCAAUCGACGGGCGAGCGAGAUGAAGUCCUCCUCGACGAAAAUCUCGUCGACAUAAUUUAUUCCGAAACUCCUAUCUUCGUACGCGAACAUACCAAGAAGUUACUCAAAGCCUCGGUAUGGAACGACACGCUAUUCCUCAGCAAGCAGAACGUCAUGGACUACUCACUUAUGGCAGGCUUCGAUGACACGCGCCGCGAGAUUGUCGUCGGCAUCAUCGACUGCAUCCGCACGUAUACCUGGGACAAGAAGCUGGAGACGUGGAUCAAGGACCGCGGCAAGAACAAACCGACCAUCACGUCACCAAAGGACUAUCGGAAUCGCUUCAGGAUUGCCAUGGCAAAAUAUAUCUUACAGGCGCCCAAUUGCUGGCAUCAAUUUACUGUGCAGCAGAUACAAAGGAAGCCACUAAGGUUAGAGCCGAAGAGUAAUAUGGAUGGGGCAGCGCAGGUGUUACAGACGCAUCAUUCGGACCGGGAGCAGCAGGAGAAGCUUGAGAAUGUCUCGGAGGGACAAUUGGAAGCAGCAGUGUGAGAGUUGCAUAGAAGUCGCGAGGCUGGGCUAUUGACCUUACUAGAAGUGGUGGAUAUAUCCAAAGGUAUAUGAUAAGAAGGAUUAUCACAGUAUAAUAUAUGUAGACGAACAUGAAUACUUCGUGG